ACGUUCUGCUGAUAAACAAGCGUAAAAAAAAGCUGUCCUGAGGACGAGGUUGGCGUCUGGUUAACCUUCCCUUACUAAAAUAUUGCCCCAUUCUUAUGAUAAAAAGUCGAUUCCGUAAGGCCAGGUCGGAACAUGGUGGCCAAAAAAAACGAAAGUGAAACUGCAUCAACAUAUUUGAAAAAAUGAAGGUGAAAGUUAUAUUGGUGAAAAUGCAAACAGAUGCUUUUUAACUAGCGUGCUUUAGAUAUUAUUGUUUACGAAUGGUAGAAAGGACUGGUACAAGAAGAAAUGGGUUUGUCAUUGUCUGCUGUUCCAACUCUUAUUAAAAAAACAACAAAAGAAAAGUUGGAGAAAAUAGAUAAGGACAUAAAAGAUCUUGAAUCAAGGCUACAAAAAUCGUCCCAAAAUGAACGACGUGCUUCUUUUCUGCUAUCAACUGGGUCUUUGUGUUUGAUGGCUGUUAUUCUAUACAAAUUGUAUUCGCCAGAAAAAUGCCAUUUGUUGCCAGAUAAAUGGGAUUCCUUUUUUGAUCCUUAUGGUUCGCCAAGGCAACGCUGUGAAGAAGAGUUGCAAAUGAGAUUGUUUGGAUUGGUUCUUUUAGGUUUUUUCGGUUUCUUAUUUUUGGUAUAUAUUCUUAAAUUAUGUCUGAUACCUUUCGUCUUUGAUAAUCUCAGAACUAUGUAUACCAAGAAACUAGGAAACAAACGCAAGGAAAGAAAAGAAAUUUUAAAAAAUGUAAUGAUGACACACAAAGCAACUCAAGAAUUAUUACAAAAGUUUGAUCCAGCGCAAACGCCUGUGAAGCCUCCUGCUACUUCGGAAUCAUUCACCAAAAAUGACGAUUCGAGGAAGAUCCUGGACAAGAGGAGUGAGGAAAACAAAGAACUUACGAUAUUGCCACCUGAUUCGAUGCUUUCAUCUAAUGAGCGCUACCCUCCACAUUGGCCGUCCACUCUCCUUUCAUUUGAGCAUGUUUUGAUAGAAGUUAAUCCCGAAAAGCGAAGAAUUAUUGAAACAAAAUUUAAGGAAACUAUGACAGAAAAAGUUGUUGCCAUCCAAGAGAUAUGCAAUAAAGAACUUUUCGAUAAGUAUGAAUGCCAAAAAAGAUUGAUGAAGGAAAGAACUUCUAAUCUUAAUGAAAUGCAACUAUGGCAUGGUACAAAGCAUUCGGCCGUUAAACAUAUCGUCUGUCAAAACUUUGACUGGAGAUUAUGCAAUAAGGGAGCUUAUGGUGAAGGGUCGUAUUUUGCUAAACAAGCAAGGUACAGCCAUUCAUACGUUGAUGUCAACCAUAAAAAGGAAAGUUCUAUGUUUCUGGUUGAUGUAUUGGUAGGUGAUUAUUGCACGGGCUCAUCUUCUUAUAAAAGACCGCCAGAAAAGGAAAGGCAUCCCCUCUAUGACAGUUGUGUCGACAAUAUGAGCAAUCCAACGAUAUAUGUUAUAUUUGAGCGAGACCAGUUCUACCCCAGAUACUUGGUAACAUAUAAAAGAAAUUAGUGUUUGCAUUCUUGUUUCCGCUUAAUAUAAAGUUACUUUUUUUAUUUUUUAUAUUAGUUUUUAUAUACUUCGAUGUUGAGAAUCGCAAUAAGUUACGAAAGUUUUGUUGAACGAAACAUACCUUUAAUAGCAGAUGCAUUUUGUUCAAAAUGGUUGCCUCGCAGCGAUUAAAUCUUCUAGUUUUUACUACAAUUUUUAAAAGCACGCCCUUCUCUCUAAAUGUGAAAUGCAUGUUUUUAUUUAUUUGUUUUUUAAUUUUUCAUUUAAGUUUGCGUUCUAUUUCUGCUUCUUUUAAAGAUGCUAUACUUCUUGUGCGGUGUGAUUGCUUAAUUCAGCCUUCUUCAGCCGACUGAGUUGACUAAUGUAAAAAUGACAGUGAAUUCGUUGCUUUCUUGGUUAAAGGAUAGAUACAAAAGCAGAGGGUAAUUGGCUGACUUUCUCGCAUUUUGCAGAAAAAAAAUUUAAUCGAAACAUUAUUUUGCAUAUAAUUUUGACCAAAUAAAUCCUUGUUGCCUAGUUUUUUGUUUAGUUAAAUUCUUUAACACCCUUUAGUUAUAAUUUUUUAUGACAUUUUGCGUGUUAUUAUACCUAGCCACUCAGCUAUGAGAAGCUUCCCACUGCAGUUUGUUCGGGCAGAAAUGUAACGCAUGAAUUUUUAUGCUAGUAGUUUAAAGUUGUUUUUGUGACAGUGGCUAGUUGUGUGUAAUCAUAAUUUGCACAAUAUAAAUUUUUGAUUAUGUAAUUGUAAAUUGCACACUGUUUAAUUAUAUAAUACUACUUUAUACUAUAAACCUAUUCGGUCCAGGGUUUUUCGAAGUUAUUUAACAUAAUUUCCGAUUUUUACAUAGAUCACAUAAAAAGUUGCCGAAAAUUGCCCGAAAAUCCAAUCGGAUUAAUCAAGUGCAGGCAUGCAGGUGUCUGAUAGAUAAAUAUUGAAUCUCAGUAAGCAUCAUAGCUAUGCAGCAAUAAUGAGUUAUUAAAAAAAACCGUCGGAGGUGGCGGAAUCUGACGGUUUCUUUUUAUAAACUCCUUAUUGCUAUGUUAUAGGGCUAUGAAACUUACUGAGUUUCAAUAUUUAUCUAUUAGACACAUGCAUGCCAAAUUUUUAGGUCCCAUACCUUUCAGAGGCUUUGAUAUUGGCUAUUACUCGAAACUACCCCUUAAAUCCCUAUGAAAUCCUUAUAAUGGGGAAAACUUAAUAACUUCUGUCAGGAUUAUCCUUAGAACUUGAAACUUGCAACACAACUUUAUUUUAUUAAGAAUCAUUUUCGGGCAAUUUUUGGCAAUUUUUUUAAGCGAUCCACGUAAAACCCGGAAAAUAUGUUAAAUAACUUUUAUUUACCUUUCAGAAACUUCAAACAGAAUGCAAAAAUUCGCUCUGGAACAAAAGUAAUUAAAUUUUAAGCAGAUAGUGGCAUUUUUAACAAAUUUGAAGCUUCUGAUGACGUCACGGAAAAUGUGCUGACCCAAGCAAGAAUUUAUUGCUGCCAUUUUGUUCCUUUUAUGACGUACUAUAACCGUGCCAACUUUGAUUCAAUUUGAACAGCCCUAUCAAAAGUUAGU